AACAUAUCUGAAGGAUAAUACCUGAGCAACGUGAUAUGAGUAAGAGGUCAACAAAAGCUUUUGCUGGAAAUUUUCAGAUUUGAGUAGUCCAAAGGAGCUUCACUGCAAACGGGAUCCGAACUCCCUGAUUGAAACGAGGGGAAACGAGGAGACUAGAUCUCCUCUGUGGAGAGUUCUAAACGUUGCUAUACGUUUGAUAUUCAAGAAAAUCUUCUGGAUCAGUUAAUCUUCUGGAUCAGUUCUUUGUUAAUAUCUGUUCACUACUUUGGAAUCUUGUCAAAGACUUCAGUACCAGGAUGAAACUUCCUCUGGUGAGGGGGUUGUGCAUUUUGGCAAUUACAGCGCUUCUGCAUCACCAUGGAACAGAUGCAUUUUGGAGGAGAAGAAGAAGAAGACGAAGAGCAACGCCUAUAGUAGAACAGGACACAACGCCACCAGUGUUCAACAUCGAAUGCCCCGUAUCCCUUGGGACAUUUCGCACGGCCUCUGUUCCCUUUCGUGUCACGUGGUCUGAACCUACUGCUACAGAUGGCUCUAUAGCAGCGACGGUUGACCGUCUUGGUAGUGCACCCGGGACUUCAUUUUCAGAAGGUCAUCAUACGAUCACGUACCAGGCACGGGACAAUGUACCUAACUAUAGCCAGUGUGCAGUCAUGUUUGAAGUCACUUUGAUCAAAUGUAGCGCCAUCGGCCAUUUGGACCGCGGGUACGUUUCUUGUACAGAGGGUAAUCUGGUUGGAUCCACCUGUCGCUAUGCAUGUUUUCAGGGGUACACUCUCGUUGAUGGUGUGGCCGAUCGAGUGUGUUCUGAAAAUAGACGAUCCCAAACAGCGGACUGGACCGGGUCCCAACCAAGAUGUGUUGAAAUGACUUGCUCAGAUGAUGUUGUUUCCUCUCCGCCUGAGAAAGGUAGCGUCUCCUGUACUCAGAGUAAUCUGUUCCAGAGUGUGUGCUCCUAUUCCUGUGAUGAGGGUUAUUCGAUUCCACCGGGUCAGACCAGGGACCGGGUCUGUACCUCGUCAGGCUGGACUGGGUCUAAACCAGAAUGUCAAGACACGACAGGGCCUAGUUUUGAAGACUGCCCACUAUCUCAGAACAUUUACGCAGAGGACCGGCAGGAGAGUGGGAGAGCAUCCUGGUCCACUCCCACAGCCGUUGAUAACUCCGGUGCGACCAUUACAGAUAUCACUCAUGACGGCCCUGCCCCAGGGACAGACCUCCCCCAAGGUCAUUAUGUAAUCACCUAUACAGCACGAGAUCAGGACGGGAAUGAGGGGAGCUGUGUAUUUACAGUGACUGUCCAAGUCAUACGUUGCUCCACCAUGCCAAUCACUCCUGGUCUUAUUGUCGAUUGUAACCAUGGUAAUCUCCGAGGCUCAACCUGUCAGUUCACCUGUAGUCAUGGUUACAGUCUCCAAGGACCUAGGUCAUCAUCGUGUCAAAAAGAUCGUUUCUCAGGAGUGUGGACAUCCCAGCCUCCAACAUGUGAAGAGCUUCAAUGCCCAUCACUGGAUCCCCCAGAGAAUGGUGUAUUUCUCAACGGUAGAGAUUGCCUUACAUCCUACGGCUCGUCCUGUUACUUUGACUGCCUGCCUGGCUUCAGUAUCACUAACAAUGUGCUUCGGUGUUCCGCACAUGCAGGAAGUGAUGAGGCAUUCUGGGAAGGAAAUAUUCCAGUGUGUGAAGUUGAAACAUGUGACAGGCCAAGCAUUGAUGGACCACUGGAAGUGCCUGAUAAUUCCUCGCUAUGUGGAACAGAGGUUCAAAUCCCUGCUGGAAUGGAAUGUGAAUUUGAGUGUACCCAAGGAUACUUUAUUCAGGGAGAAGCUCUGUCAAUGUGUGGUCUCACUGGAUCGUGGCAAAACCCUCUCCCAACCUGCAAAGCUGUCACUUGCCAAUCAAGUAAUUUACCGGCUCCUCUGCAUGGGGGUAAGAGUGGGUGCCCCCAUGAUCGAGAGCAGUUUGGUUCUGUAUGCUCUCUCUACUGUGAUGUUGGCUAUGAGGCAAGUGAACCGACACCUGUUAGGAGGGUGUGUGAGGAUGAUGGCCAAGGAGCCGGGGUCUGGAGUGGAGGUCCUAUAUCUUGUUCAGUUGUCCAGUGCCUUCCGCUGGAGGUCCCAUCCCAUGGCUACGUGGAGAGCUGCCAGCUCGCAGACCAAGCUGAGGAUCCCACCCAGAGACAGUCCUAUGGCACUACCUGCGUUACCCUCUGUAGUCCGGGAUACACCCCUAUCGGAACUACUACAAGACGCUGUAUGGCUAAUGGACAGUGGGAUGGUGUGCCUCAGACUUGUGUUGAUGUGACAGCUCCAAACCUCCUCUGUCCUCCUGAUACUGUCAUUUAUGCUGACCCUGGCCGGACAGUGGGCACAGUCAACUGGGAUCAAUUUGAACCUAUUCAGGCCACUGAUGCUGGGCUAACGAUAACAGCCCAGCUGGAGAGCAUUGAUUCUAAUCCUGUUGGAUCCAAACCAACCUCUCUCACAGAAGGGGAACAUUCCCUUAUCUACAGAGCUACGGAUGCUGCAGGAAAUACAGAUACAUGCUCUUUUGACCUCCAGGUCAAAGUGGUAAGGUGCCCACCUGUUUAUGCUCCAUCGAAUGGUCAAGUGACCCUCUCCCUUGGACAGGGGUCAUGCGAGGGUGGAGCUGUGUUGGGGUCAACAUGCCGAGUGACCUGCGACCUUGGUUAUGACCUCCCAGAUCAAGUGGAGAAUGUGGAGAUGCUAUGUGGGCAGAUUGAAGGAGGUAGCAGCACUAUAGGAACAUGGAACGAAAGCGUACCAGUUUGUGAAGUUGCCCGAUGUGAGAUCAUGCCAUCUGCUAAUAGCUCAGUGCGAGGAUGUCCCUUUGAGGAUGCCUCAUAUGGUGACCAGUGUGAGUUUGCCUGCGAUGAUGGAUACCUGACUGAGAAUGGACUCAAGAGGGCGACACGCACCUGCACUGAAGACGGAACCUUCUCAGGAGAUGACUUUGUUUGCAAUGCUUCUGUAACCUGUCCCUCCGGUUUUAACCUGCGGCAUGGUACCGUAUCGCCACCAGAGUGUUCCAAAGCAGAUUCCAGGAUUGCCUAUGACACAGCCUGCAGCUUCCUCUGCAACAACGGCUUCCUACAGCAUGGCCCUUUCGUGAAAACCUGUACAGCAGAUGGCACCUGGAGCGAUACCAGGAUCACUUACUGUGAAGAUCAUCAGGAGCCUACGUUUGAUGAACCCUGUCCAAGGUAUAUCAAUGUCAAUGCAGACAGAGGAUCAAUUCAUACAACAGUCGAGUUUACUAUUCCAACUGCUUCAGAUAAUUCUGGGAAUGUUACAGUGAAAAAAGUCACAGGUCUACCAGGACCCAAUGCUACUUUUUCUGAAGGCGCUUCAAUGAGUGCCUACAUCGCUACUGAUCAAAGCGGAAAUGCAGCACGCUGUCAGAUAGAAGUCAACGUUAAUGUUUUCCGAUGCCCUCGACCCCAUGCACCUGCCAGAGGUUCGCUUGUCAACUGUACAGAUCCUAUAUAUGGCUCAGAAUGUUCUUACACAUGCAAUCAAGGGUACGAGCUUGAUGGUCCGCCAACUCGAACCUGUGAACUGACUGAGGGCCAGGCUCCAGCAUCUUGGGAUGGGGAACAGCCUUCAUGUAGACCGAGGACCUGUGCAUCCCUGCCGACCCCAGCACUAGCAGUCAGGUCAGGAUGUCACCUUCAGCCACCUGAAGAAGAGACCUUUGGAACUCUUUGUACCUUCUACUGUCCUUAUGGCUUCCGAGGCAUUGGAGAUCAUCAGAAGCGCUGCCAAGCAGAUGGGAUGUGGAGUGGUUCUGACUUCAGUUGUGAAGCCAUCGCUUGUUCUCCUCUAGAGGUGGUCGAUGGAGCAACCAUCACACCUCCAGACUGCCAGACAGACCCAAGGUUUGGGGAGACGUGCCUGCUACGAUGUAACACACCAGGUUUCCAGAUCCAGCCAAGGAUCCUGACUGACACUGUCUGCCUGGGUACGGGGUUCUGGUCCAGGAACAUCACUAAAGCAUCAUGUGUAGAUAUUGAAGAGCCAGUGUUCACCACCUGCCCCAAUGACUUCAUUGUGUACGCUCCCCAAGGAGAACUGCUUGCCGAUGUCACCUGGAAUGUCCAGGCCACUGAUAACGAUCCCACCGCUGCCGUCGAUAUUGUGUGUAACAUGGAACAAGGAUUGAAGCCUGAAGGGGACUAUGCCGUGACGUGUACUGCUUCAGACGCCCAAGGAAACACCCAGACCUGCAACUUUGAGGUCUCUGUCAGAGUGAGGAGAUGUCAGCCUCUCCAUCCACCUGUCUUUGGUAAUAUCGUUGGAUCGUGUGACAAUGUUUGGGGAAGUGAGUGUGAGGUAGAAUGCGCUCUUGGAUACUCCCUCGUAGGACCGAGCCUGACACAGUGCAACUACACAGGACAGCGGAUGCACUGGCAGAGAGAAACGGCACCCUAUUGUGAUAUUGUUGGAUGCGAUCCCCUGGACCUACCACUCAACAUCAGUGUAUACCCUGCUACAUGCACGGAUAUAGAGAAACUCUAUUAUGGGACGGAGUGUACCUUCUUUUGCCGCAAUGGACUUACGUUAGAGGGCGCUGUUCACUCUGUUUCUUGUGGUGCAGAUGGAGAGUGGGAUGCAAAUGUCUCAGAAAUUGAAGUCACAUGUAUUGAUAAAGUAGCUCCAACACUCACAUUCUGUCCCGGACCGAUUUCUGUCAUUCGUACUGAAAUCUGGGGCGUGGAAAUAACCUUCGACCUGCCCAGAGCACAGGACAACACCGAUGAAGUUCUUUCAGUGAUGACUGUCCCAGAAAAUUUGACAUCCCCCUAUAACUUCACAGAAGAUGCUGUGGCUAGCUAUACAUUUAUAGAUUCAUCGGGAAACUCUGUGGUGUGUUCGUUCUCUGUGUAUGUUCAAGAUGAGAUCCCUCCAGUAGUAGUCUUCUGUCCUGAUGAUAUCCAUGUCAACACCAGUGAGGUCUUGACCGAAGUCACCUGGGAAGCACCAAUCUUUGAGGAGGUCACCGGCGAUGACCUGCUCAUCACCAGUAACCAUGAAAACCACAUGGCAACAUUUCCCUGGGGAGAACAUGUUGUUAGCUAUCUAGCCUCAAACACAGACAAUGGAAAAACUGUUGGAUGUGAAUUUUCUGUUGAAGUGAAACCUGUUACGUGCAAUGACCUGAGAGCCCCUGGGAACGGAGCGAUUUCCUGUGACCAGUGGGCGUAUGGAAGGUUCUGCAGCAUCUUCUGUAACAAUAACUUUGACAUCCCAAGACUUCCAUCAUCCCGCAAGCCCCCUGAACAUUACGUCUGCGGAGGCAGUGGGCUCUGGAGUCCUCAUGCCUAUGUACCAGAUUGUUCAGCAAUCAAGAGACCGGGCCGAUGCAACCUUCCCAAUGAACUUCUGUACUUCUCUGGAGAUUGUGGCACGCAGGAAACUCUGAAUCAAAUCGCCGAAUCCUUCCUAGCAAUCCUCCAGGGAACAGACUUCAGUGAUAUCUGCACCCAGUCAGACCAGUGCACUGCAGAUAAUGUCAGGGUUACAUGUGGACCAAAUAUUGAGGCUAGCCGAAGAGGUCGCAGAGAGAUUCCUCGACGACGGGCUAUCCUUAGAAGCAAAGAGGAAACAGACAUGGUCUUGCAAAUGGACAGGAGGACUGAACAUCGCCUGAAACGACAAGUGGCCAGCCCAUUUGUGGUUUCCGUAGAGUGGGACUUUGAGGUUAACAUCAAUCAAGACCCAAGCCUUGAUAACUUCGCUGCUGCCACAGAUGCUGAGGACAUUAUGAUAUCUAUGAAUGAUAUCAUCUAUGACCAGAUCUUGGACGGUACCUUCCCCGACAUCACAGAUGUUCCUGGAGCAGACAUCAUCCUGGAUGUGGAUUCAUUGACGUACGACUAUGCAGAAGUUAUGUGCGAUGAUGGAUUCACUGCCGACAAUGAAGAUUUGCAAUGUGUUCCUUGCAUAGUGGGGACAUUCUUUGACAAUGUGACCAGGAUUUGCCAGGCCUGUCCUAGAGGAACCUAUCAAGACUCUGAAGCACAGUCAUCGUGUAUCCCAUGCGAAGAGGGACAAUGGACAGAGGAGGAUGCAUCUACUAAUCAUACUCAGUGCUUGGAUAUAUGUGAUGCAGGUCACUUCUCACCUACUGGUGUAGCCCCCUGUGAGCUUUGUCCUAUUGGAACUUACCAACCUGAAACCCUCAGCACCUCAUGCCUUCAGUGCCCUAAUGGAACAAACACAAUGGCUAGCGGCAGCAAUCAUAUUCAACAAUGCAUAGAGCCAUGUCAGCCUGGCUCCUUCUCUCCGUCUGGUUUUGUUCCUUGCGAUCUAUGUCCGUUGGGUUCGUAUCAAAAUCAAGUGCAACGGACAUCCUGUGACCUUUGCCCUGGACAUCUUUCAACCAAUAACACUGGAGCACUAUCGGUGCAGGAAUGCACAGAUAUUAAUGAGUGUGUAUCUGAGCCUUGCCAGAAUGGAGCGACCUGUGUGGACUUACGAGGCAACUUUCAAUGCAUAUGCGCUCCAGGCUUCACUGGCAGCAAUUGUGAGAUUGAUGUCGAUGAGUGCGCCCUCUAUAGACCAUGUCUUCACAGUGGGACAUGUCUUGAUCGUGUCAAUGGCUAUUCUUGUAUUUGUUUACCUGGAUAUACAGGGGUGGAAUGUGAAAAACCCUUUGAUCUCUGCCAGUCUCUGCCAUGUCAGAACAACGCAACAUGCUUCAGCUCGCCGACCCACUAUGAAUGCCUGUGCACCCCGGGGUAUCAUGGUGAUGAUUGCCAAUGGGUGCGUCACCCCUGCUCACCGAACCCUUGCCCCCAUGCCGAUAUAUGUCGAGUGGUGGAGGGAGAGUACGGUCCUGACUACGAGUGUGAAUAUCGCAGAGUCAUCAACGAAUGUUACAACCAGCCAUGCUUCCAUGGUGGUUUGUGUUUUGAUACAUAUAGCGGAUUCCUGUGUUUGUGUACAUCUGGUUAUGAGGGUCGUCUGUGUCAAAUAGAUAUUGACCUUUGCUUGAGUGACCCCUGCAUGAACAAUGGGACCUGCUUUGACCUGGAUGACACCUUUGAGUGCCUCUGCAAAGAAGGCUACGCAGGAGAGCUCUGUGAGAGACACAGAAACGCAUGUGAUGAUGCACCCUGUCUUCAUGGAGGAUCAUGUCAACCUAUAGAGGGUGCUUCUCAUCUCUAUACGUGUGAAUGCCUUCCAGGGUUCAUAGGUCGCAACUGUGAGGUCAAUAGAGACGACUGUGCAUCCAUUCCUUGCUCCAAUGGAGCGACCUGCAUGGAUGAUGUUGAUGGAUUUACCUGCGCUUGUACUGAAGAAUUUACAGGUCCAACAUGUGAUGUGAGUAUCGACCUGUGUACCCAGAAGCCUUGUGGUCCCAAUGCUACUUGUUUGGACCAGGUUGGUGGUUACCAAUGCCUGUGCCCUCCUGGUAGGACCGGGGAGGUUUGCCAAGAUGCUGUAGAUUUCUGUCAGGGUGACGAUCAGUGUUUGAAUGGAGGUAGCUGUAUCAGCCAUCAGGAGACCUUCUCAUGCCUCUGUGUUCCUGGGUAUCAAGGGUCCCAGUGUGAAAUAGACAUUGAUGAGUGUGCAAGCGCACCCUGCUUUCACGGAUCAGCGUGCCUGGAUUUGAUAGGGAACUUUUCAUGUGUAUGUGCAUCUGGAUUUUCUGGCCCUACUUGUGAAGAAAACAUUGAUGAUUGUUUGUCAAGUCCCUGCAUUAAUGGAACAUGUCAUGAUGGGAUUAACUCUUGGUCAUGUGACUGUUUCAAUGGAUACCAUGGCGAAGUGUGUGAUGUUCCCAUUGAUUUCUGCCAGGACGCACCUUGUUUGAAUAAUGGCAUCUGCCUCAGUCUCCAAACUGGUUUCAGUUGCACCUGUCUAUCAGGUUUCACUGGACCCACAUGUGAAGUGAACAUAGAUGAGUGUUCUAGUUUCCCCUGUAUCCAAGGAUCGUGCCUGGAUGAUGUUGAUAGCUACACCUGCCAAUGUGAUGAAGGCUUCACUGGAAUCCGCUGUGAGACAGACCAGGACGAGUGCCGUAGUGCUCCAUGUCUGAAUAAUGGGACUUGUACUGACAGACCAAGGGGAUAUACCUGUCAGUGUCCUGUAGGGUUUGAAGGAACAAAUUGCGAGAUCAAUGUGGACGAUUGUUUUAGCAAUGAGUGUGAAAACAAUGCCACCUGUGUUGAUGAAGUGGCUGGCUUCCGUUGCCGAUGUCCCCAGGGUUACACUGGUCUGCUGUGUCAGCUCCCGGUGACCCCUGCCUGCUCAUCGUACCCCUGUGCUAAUGGAGGCUCCUGUCUGGAGGAUGAUGUUGGGUUCAGGUGUGAAUGUCUGGAAGGCUUUAAUGGCACUACAUGUGAGAUUGAUGUCGAUGACUGUGUCAACAAUGGCUGUGAGAAUGGGGCUACUUGUAUAGAUCAGGUCCUUGGCUACAUCUGCCAGUGCCCACCAGGUUACAACGGGACGUACUGUGAGAUGAAUAUUGAUGAGUGUUUGUUGCAACCAUGUUUGAACGAUGCUACUUGCAUUGAUCAGGUAUCUGGCUUCCAAUGUGUGUGCAAAAAUGGAUACACAGGGCAUGUUUGUGAUACUGACAUAGAUGAAUGCGGCUCAAAUCCCUGUAUGAAUCGUGGUUCUUGUGAAGAUGCCAUUGGUGGAUACAUCUGUAACUGCACUGUUGGAUUCAGGGGGAUUCACUGUGAAGAAGCCAGCAUGGAAUGUGAAAGCAACCCCUGUCUAAAUCAAGCAACUUGCAUGGAAGGAUAUACUCAGUUUGUUUGUCAGUGUGCCCCUGGUUACACUGGACUUCUUUGUGAAACAGCAUUACCCUCCGAUUUUGAUGUCAUCUUUAACUCUGGGUCUGAAGUAGUCCACCUUGCUGAUAUUCAGUCAGGUCAUAGCAGUCAUAUGACUGUCUCAUCCUGGAUGCGAGUUUUGGCGGCACCACAAGAUUUCCUUAUCUUUGGUUACAUUGUUAAUGAUGAGGCGUACUCACUUUUCAAUCCCUGCAGUCUCAAAGUCUUUAGUAAAAGUACAUCGUUCAGCAUAGGUUCGUCAUUGUGUGACAAUGCCUGGCAUCACAUUAGCCUUCAAUGGUCAUUUGAACCUGAUAUUAGCUGGAUCCUCUCCGUCGACCAAGGCAGAACGGUAUUCAGGAACAGGACCUUGUCUUCUGCUCGAGGCAUUGGACAGGGAUCAAUAGUAAUGGGCUCGGAUAGCAUGGGGCAGAAAGAUUACGUGGUGAUGAGUGGUGUCAAUGUAUGGGCUUCUCACCUUAACGAGCAAGCAUUGGAUGAAAUAUCAUCGACUUGUCAGCCCGCCCUCUUUGGUGAUGUCGUGUCGUGGACAGAUGUCCUGUCUUCAAAAAACAUUACUUCUUCUCAAAUAGAAUCUCCAUCAAUGUGUGAUGCUGUGAAUGAGUGCGCAUCAAACCCAUGCAUCCGUGGAGCUUGUGAAAACAAACUAGAUGGUUUCCAUUGCGAGUGUGAAAGUGGUUACAAAGGAGAACUAUGUGCAGACACGCAAGACCUGUGCAGCGAUGAACUGUGUAAGAACGCUGCAUCAUGUCAAACAAUAGAAGGGGAACCUAUUUGCCUCUGCAGGGAUGGGUUCUCCGGGCAGUUCUGCGAAACGAGGAAAGUUGAUGGAGCCUGGUCCCACUGGUCCUUGUGGUCAGAGUGCAGUACUACCUGCGGAGGUGGUACCAGAUCAAGGUCCAGGGCCUGUACCAACCCAGCCCCACAGGGAGGAGGUCUAAACUGCUCAGGGAAGGCCGAGCAAGUUGGAAUGUGCAACGAGUUUGAAUGCCCAGGAUGUUUGAGGCUACGAAGACCCCUCCGAGGCUACCUCAAUUGUGAUGAACAACCGGAGAUGACAAACUGUACCAUCAGCUGUCGUCAUGGUUACGGCUUUGCCGAGAGGGUCAUGAACAGCUACUACUGUGGGAAGGAUACAAACUAUCGAUGGAAUCACCAAACUUCCAAAAAUAGAAGGGCUGUUUUUCCUUCAUGUACAGAACUUUCUAAGAGUCAUGGAUCCACGGGGGUAGUAGAAGUUGGCUUCCCUGGCGCUGUUUGUUCUUCGGCCAGUGAUAAGGAGAGUUUAAAGCAAGCUGCGUAUCAGUCACUCAAUGCACAUUCUGACGAUAUAGAUUGCCUCAAAGACAAAUCAUGCAAGAUUCUUCGUAUCCAGGUGUUGAACUGUCAGCUCGAAACCAACAAGCGUAGGUCGAUCCAUCCACAAGGAGAGGUCAGAAUAAGUAUCACAGUCUCUGAGAACGAUACCUACGAGCAAUAUUACCCGGAAGCUGAUAACAUUACAGACUUGGAGAUUUCAGAGCCACUGGACCUAUUCUAUUAUGAUGUGUCUUCACUACUGACGAAUGACUCAUUGACGCUUGAGAUCAAUGAUGAAAUCUUACACAGUGAUCCAUCUUCCUUCACAGGAGAUGUCUGGGAAAACUGUCCGCCUGGAUACAUAGAGGGCAGUCUUGAUGGAUAUUGCGUGCCAUGUGGGAUAGGAACUUACUAUGGAAUGGAAGGCAAUGCCACUGAUUACGAGUGCUACUCGUGUCCUUUGAAUACAUAUCAAGAUGAGGAAGGUCAAGAUGAAUGCAUUCUUUGCCCCCCAAAUACAUUCACUGAUGAUUUCCAUACAUCUAACAUCACUGAUUGUAAAGUUCCUCCACCUAUUCCUGUUAUCAUCACACUGCCUCCUACUCAACCACCAGAUCAUUUCCCCCUUCCUCUCAUCUUAUCGGUGACGACAGGGGCCAUCGUUCUCUUGGUCCUGGUUCUCCUCCUUGUCGCAUGGUGUAAACGAAGACACCGAAACAAGACAGGAUCAUUUCCCACCCAAGAUAUUCAGAUGUUAAACGCAGCUACAGCCGGAACCAAAGGCACCAAAGGAACCUAUAAAUCCUCUGAAGAACAAAGUCCAGGGAUAACGAACCAUGCAUUCGUCUUUGGAGGCGAUGAUAGCUCCUCUUCUAAGGAGAAGAUGUCCACCAUGGACAGUGGAGACACCAACUUUACCUUCAGAGAAUCAUCUUCAGAUUACCCGACGCUUAGAGUUGGCACAACACCGCAAGACGACUUGCAGGUUUACUUACCACCGAAAACGCCAACUACAUUUGGAACAAAAUAACAAAUCUCUGUGUUGACUGUGCACUGUGUGUAAUCCAAAUAGAAAAAGUAUUUAAUAAGUGUAAUAUUCUGCUUUUGCAUGGCACUUAAUACAUUGGAACAUCUCUCCGCACUUUACAUUUUUCUCAUGACCCCAGUUAUCGGAUCUUGGUCCGCCUGCAUGUAUGCUCACUCUCCACUACCUUUGGAGUAUUCCAACAAGAGUUUCUGAAUUCAUCUAGGCAUAAAACUUCCAAGUUGACGGGUAGAAAGUAAAAAAUGUGGAUUUACUAUGAUCAUUAUGGCACGAGGCCUACAUGUUUAAUAGUCGCUGUGUGUUUCAAGAGUUUAAAAGCGUGUGCUUUUCAUGAUUUAGCCAUUUCCAGUUUUCAUGCAAGUAUUUUUUCUUGAAC